AUGGCGGGGCUGCCUAGCUUCCUUAAUCCGAAUCAGAUCUUGGAACCUCUAUCUCAGUCCAUUGAAAGGGAGCUGCGCAUGCAGCUUCCGCGGCUGCAGGUAAAGGAGACCAAGACUGCCUGCUCACCAAUCCUGGAAAUAGAGCCCAGUACAGAAAAGGAAGCCAUUCAACGUCCCGAGGAGGUGGAGGCUUCACAGCGCGAAAAAUCACCGGAUCAGGUGGAUAUAGCGGAGCUCCCAGAGAUGGUCUAUGAGCUCGAUAGUGGCUCCCCGAAAUCCCGAAGAAAGCCUACGAUCUCAGAUUACCUGCCUACGCCUACCUUACAAAUGCCUGGGAAUCUGCCUGACAAGGUUGUCGUUACAUUUUUACGCCAAUUCUAUCGUGUUUUCAAAGAUCAUGAAUUAGAACUUAUCAAAGGCGCUGUCUUCACAAUGUCCCCUCCUGCAUGGGAGCUGCGCGAAAUGAGCCCGCCCUGGAGCACUGAAUGGCAGAUUCUGGUGGACCCCGACACCCCAGUUCCAGAAUACACCCCAUCUCUGUACCUUCAACGCUAUGCUCAAGAUAUCUAUACGCUUGCUCAGCUCAAAUUACUCAUUUUAACUCGAUGCGAGACGUUUCUGCGUCAGGAUACGAUCCGCGGUCUGACAGGCAAGGACGAUGCCUGCGCCAAAGAGGUUGAUGAUGCCCUUUGGAGAAUCUGGACGUUUUGUCGUAUUUUUGGCAGUGGGAAGAGUCGUGAGGGAGAUAUUGUUGGUCAGGUGGACUGGCUGAAUGGGGGUGCUAUGGCUAUGAGUGACCUCAAACAUGGAGCUACGGCGUCGGUUACCGAACCAUUUGGCAUACAUGACAUCCUGUUUGAACCCCCGACAGGGUUUGGGCAUGGUAACAAAGGCGGAUUAUCCAACGAUCAACUGUACUAUAUGACCGAGAUGUGGACCUGCUUGGGCGUGCUGCUUCAGCCAAUCCAUGGCAGAUGCAAAGAAGCACGUGAAGCAGGCAUAUUUGCAGGUCAUCAAGUAACGGAACACGACCAUGCUAGGGCAGCAGCUGUGUUAGAGGAAUGGACAUACUAUGUUCUCACACUUGGUCCUUCGGCAGUUUUGAACAUGGCCUCGAUCGGCCCCGGAGGCUGCGCGGCGACAUUGAAAAGAGCCCAGUCUAUCGGUUUGACCAAGUGGGAAUGUUCCGAGUCUGGAGUUAGCCGCUCGUCCUUUCUCAAGGAAGCGGUUUCGAAAGCUUAUAGGUCGCGGUGUGACAGCCUGUGCCAAUGGUCUCCACGAACAUCGGAAGGCGGUUCCCCUUCUGCUAGCGAUACCAGCUCUCCGUCAAGUGCCAAUUCAAGAGCGGCCCAGCUUCAACUAGAGAAUGAACGUCGGAGGCAGGCAGCCUACGCUGACCAGCUACGAAACCAACGGAAACGGCCAGCGAACGAAGGCCCCCACUCGUUUUCAGACGAACGCCCCAUCUCCAAAUACUCAUUCAUCAUGAGCCGCCUUGAAGGUGUCCCAUACGAGCAACGUCCGCCAAUGCCUGCACCACCCACGAUGGCAUCUUACGCUGCUUAUUGUGGUCCGCCGACCAGUCAAUAUCCAGUCAAGUCCCAACCGCCGUUUGCCACGUACCAACAACCGCAGGUCCGCGAUCCUGUGGAUCAGGCUAUAGAUAUGAUGGUCCGGGAGCUAGGUUUUCAAGAACAAGACGCCAAAUGGGCGCUGAAAGUCACAGAUAGCGGGGAAGGGAUCAACGUGAAUGCUGCAGUAUCUCUACUUAUCCGGGAGCACCAGAAUUACCAACGCAACAACAAUGUCGUUCCUAUGCGAACAUAUCGGAGCAACAGCCUCUUAUCCUCGGUCAUCGCUAGCCCGGAAUCCAUGAAUUCUGUCUGGAGAUGGGCCUGA